UUUGCUUAGUAGCUGUAAACAACAGAAUUAGUAGCAGUCUCAAAAAAUACAUUUAAACGUAGCGUUUCUUAGAAAUUAAACGACCACUUUCUGUUAACUUAGUUCGCUGUUUUUUUAUUUUUAACCGUUUGUAAGGUUAAUUUAACUGUUUUUAAAGUAGGUAUGUCAAAUGUUUCACAACUGAUUAAUUUAACUCUCUCAAAACAAACUUUCUGUCUAGAUAUACACUGUUCAGAAAUCAUAUCUAGGUAGGCGCUGAGAAGACACCCAUGCUGAAAGUCCACUUUGGAGAAGUUUGAAAGGGUUUUGUCAUGGAUCCAGAGGUGUCUCUCAUGCUGCACUGUGAUCCAUUACAGGCUCUUGGAGAACAUCAAAUUCACGUAGAAAUUUCAGACAGGUUCAAUCGGCAGAGUUUUCCUGAAAUCGAGCAGCACAUUGAAGCUGUAUGGAGUGACCGAGUGACCAAAGAACCAUGGCUCUUCAAUGGAGCUAAAUUCAGAUUGCAUUCAGCGGUGCUCUCCGUCAUGGAAAAAGGACCAGUGGCAGAACAGGCCGUCCAAAACCUAACACACUCACAACGUGGUGAAGGAGACCAAUUAGAAAGCGCUGAUAAAUCCUCAGACAGAUUGGCCAAAGAUGAGCAAUCGUGUGUGCUCACAUUACAGUUAGGCCUGACCUGUUAUAAAGACUAUCUUGGGACUAACUGGUCACGAGAGGCGGAGAGGCUGCAGAGUCACGGACAGAACGAAUGCGCAGAUCCGCAGGCCUUCCUCGCACAGCCGCUGGGGGUCGGCGUGGUCAUGGCCACGGCGGACGGAGACGUCGUCCUGCUGAGGAGAAGUCAGAAAGUGGCAGAGGCUGCAGGCCUGUUAGACAUACCUGGAGGUCAUCCUGAGCCAAAGAUGUUGUGUCCAGGCGUCAGUGAGGAGGCCAUAUGUGCUGAUCUCCUGCAGGGUAAGGAGAGAGCCGUUGUUUCAGAGAUCUUCUCCUCGGUGUGUGCAGAGAUCAGUGAUGAGGUGAACGUUCCUAUCAGUUCUCUGAGCAAACCGUUGUUUAUGGGAAUUGCGCUGAACCACACUAGUGCAGGACGACCCAGUGCAGAGUUUUACGUCCGAUGCACUUUGACAACAGAGGAAGUGAGAGAUUUCUACAGACAUGGAGGUCCAGAGGCCCAUGAGUCCACUGAAAUACUGUUUCUGAGUCGAGCGAAAAUGUUCCAAUUAAACGAGUGCUCCCCCCUGUGGUCAGAGAUGUGUCCUUCAGCGAAAGGUGCAGUGCUGCUGUAUCAGAGGGUGAUGCCUGAUUGCUGAAUUUAAUCAGAUACUCGACCACCUCUGAAUAAUUGCACAAGCAGGUUAUAUAAACAUGAGUAAUUACAUCAUUUAAAGGAAUAGGUCACCCAGAUAUGAACUAUCUUACCCUCAUAUCAUAGAUGAGUUUCUUCUUUAGACUUGGAGAAAUGUAGUAUUACAUCACUGUCUCAGCAAUAGAUGCUCUGCAGUGAAUGGGUGCCGUCAGAAUGAGAGUCCAAACAGCUGAUAAAAACAUCACAAUAAUCCACACCACUCCAGUCCAUCAGUUAACAUCUUAAGCUGCGUGUUUGUAAGAAACAGAUCCAUCAUUAAGGCACUAAAAUGCGAGUCCAUUAUAAUGUUAUAAUUAUAAUCUCCUGUUGUCUCUUACAUCAAAAUCCACUCACAUAUUUGUUUAGAAUAUUUUGGCUUGUAAAGAGUUUUUUUUUUUUUUUCACUGGAGGAAGUGUUGUAAUGGAUUAUGGACUUAAUGAUGGAUUUGUUUCUUACAAACAUGCAUCUUUUCACUUCAUAAGACAUUAACUGAUGGACUGGAGUGACGGCACCCAUUCACUGCAGAGGAUGCAUUGCUGAGCAAGUGAUGACAUGCUGCAUUUCUCCAAAUCUGAUGAAGAAACAAACUCAUCUAAAUCUUGGAUGGCCUGAGGGUGAGAGCAUUUAAAUAUUUGGUUAACUACUUUUUUUAAUCAAUUUUAUGCUCUAUCAGGGCCAACAGAUUUUUUUUGUCCUGCAUACAGUACUGUUUUGUAUAAGGGACUUGUUUGGAAGGUUGCAAAAACAUACAUUACAAAACAGUAGUUUUUCCCCCUUUUUGCAUACUGGUAGUCAUUAAAAGUUUUAAUACUUUUCAUAAUAUUUAUACAGAAGUUCUUGUAUUGAACACAUGUAAAGUAUAUUUUGCAUCGUUUCUAUGGGAGUGUAUUAUUUGUGACGAACUUUAAUUUGAAAUUUAUUCUUGGUGACAGAAUUUAAAGAAACAGCUUUUUAUAUUAAAUUA